AGCCAUUCCAGAUGGCUCGAGCAGGUGAUGAACGCAGGACAAAAACAACAAUAAAGAUCCAAGUUGGCUCAUUCACGUAUUGAACUCGAAAGUUGAUCAACGCUUUGGUAUAAUGGCCAAUACAAUACUUGUCCUAGGUGCAACUGGAAAGCAGGGCGGUGCUGUGAUCAACGCUCUUCUCGCCUCUCCUGAUGCAAAAGCCAUCACAAUAUGUGCCGUCACACGCAAGCCCGAAUCAGCGGCUGCGAAGGCCUUGGUCCUCAAAGCGCCGGACCAAAUAAAAUUGAUGAUAGGCGAUCUGAAAGACUGUCCGUCUAUCUUCGCCAAUGCGCCACUUCCAAUCAAGAGAGUGUUCUUCGUGUCCAUACCAGACAUGGGCCUGAUGACUGACGGCACAGGUGAGGAAGUUACGGGGAAAGCUCUCAUUGAUGCAAGCCUUGAACAUGGUGUUCGACAUUUCGUGUUUACGUCCGUUGAUCGUCAUGGCUCUGAUUCAGAUACCAAUGAUACAGACGUUCCACACUUCUGGCGCAAAGCAAACAUCGAGAAGUAUUUGCAAGAAACUUCUAGAGGAUCUCAGAUGACCUGGACGAUCUUGAGGCCUACUGCUUUCAUGGAUAAUAUCUCGCCUGGUUUUGCUGGGAAUGUCUUCCCCACAGCGUGGAGAGUGGGUCUACCUCCGGAGACUAGACUGCAAUUUAUUGCACUUGCAGAUAUCGGACAUUUUGGUGCCAAAGCAUUGCUGAAUCCCAAGACGUUCGCUGGACGUGCAAUCAGUCUUGCUGGAGAUGAGUUGACGUUUGAGGAGGCGAAUGCUAUCUUCCACACACAGCUGGGAUAUGAUAUACCAACAACUUACAACUUUGUUGGGUCGGCGUUGUUGUGGGCCAUCAAGGAGGUAGGGCUGAUGUUCAAGUUCUGGGAACAAGUUGGCUAUGCAGCGGACAUAGCAUCAAUGAGGAAGGAGUAUCCUGGCCUACUUGGUUUCAGGGAUUGGUUGAAGACAAGUUCGUGGGUUCCUAAAGUUGCUAAUUAGUAUGGUGGUAAAGUAACAACAUUUCAGAGAUGCAGACUGUACUGAUACUCAUUUGUUUUACUUGACGCUGUUAUAUCUCGGCAACGUCGUAAUUUCUAGAUCUUUUUGUUGGUUCAUUUUCUUCCUAGGGAAAUUAGGGGCUCAAUUUUCCCCAUAUCUAAUAAGAAAUCUGGCAAUAAGAUGCAUUAACGACCUUAUCACGGAUUUAACAUCUGCGCGCUACG